AUGCAUCUGCCGCCGCUGGAGUCGCGGGACGACGACUUCUACAUCCAAAUGAGUGCCAUGCGCGACACCACCCCGGCCCCGGCCCCGGCCUUCCAGGAUCCGCUGCACGAUGUCUUCGGCUCAGACCCCGACCCGGAUCUGGCUGCCGCAGAUAUCUCGAUGGAUACGAGGAGACUGCAGACUCAGCACACCACCGUAGGCUACCGCGAGGGUAUCACAGCCGGCAAGUCCGAGAGCAUCCAGGCCGGCUUCGACAGCGGCUUCAGCCUAGGCGCCAACAUCGGGCUCAAGGCCGGACAACUGCUCGGUCUCCUCGAGGGCAUCCCCGCCGCCCUGGCCGAGGGCGCCCAUUCCACGCAUGCAAAUCGACUUCUCGCCGAUGCGCGGACCGAGCUCAGUACGGACAAGAUCUUUGACGAGGAGUACUGGGCGCCCGAUGGCAGUUGGAGAUACGCUAUCACGGGCUCAGACGGGAGUGGCCAGCCCACAUCUGAAGACGUCGCCAACGAACACCCUCUGAUCUUGAAGUGGAGCCGAGUCGUCGAGCAAGAAAUGCGGACUUGGAGCAUAGACCCGUCUCUUCCCAUUCUCAAAGGUUACGCGCCUGUGGAGGAAGAAGGCGACGCGAUAUCAGCUAAGAAGGCGACGCCUCGGGAGGUCGUCGAUUGGUGA